AUGUCUGACAACAGCACAGAUGCGCCGAUUUGGUGGACACCGUCGUCGCCGACGGGCACUGGUGACAAUGCGUGGCAGCUCACAGCGGCCUCUCUCGUCGCCCUCCAAUCCGUCCCUGGCCUCGUGGUCUUGUACGCAGGCCUCGUGAAGAAGAAAUGGGCCAUCAACAGUGCCUUCAUGGCCUUCUACGCCUUCGCCGCCGUGCUCGUCUGUUGGGUCCUCUGGGGCUAUGAGGCCGCCUUUGGCGAAUACAUGCUGCCGUUUGUGGGCAAGCCCAACAACGUCCUAGGCAUCGACACCAUGCUCAAGCAGUCCUAUCUGCCCUCCAUCGGCAUCGGCCAAGAGUUCCCGCUCGCGACCAUGGUCUACUUCCAGUUCGUCUUCGCGGCCAUUACCCUCGUCCUGGUCGCCGGGGCGUUUCUGUGCCGCAUGAACUUUUAUGCCUGGAUGAUCUUUGUGCCUCUCUGGCUCACGCUGAGCUACACCGUUGGCGCGUACUCUCUGUGGGGAGGCGGUUUCCUCUUCAACCUCGGUACGAUCGACUACUCGGGUGGCUACGUGAUCCACCUCUCGUCAGGCACCGCAGGCUUCAUCGGAUCGUACUGGAUCGGCCCCCGUCUGGCCAGGGACCGCGAAGAUGCACGGCCUAACAACAUCCUGACGGUGCUCAUCGGCGCCGGCAUCCUCUGGAUCGGCUGGAACGGCUUCAAUGGCGGUGACCCGUACUCAGCCUCCGCGGACGCCGGCGUGGCCGUUCUCAACACGAACCUGUGCACCGCCGUCUCCCUGCUGACCUGGACGAUCUGCGACAUGAUCUACUACAAGAAGCCCUCCGUCAUCGGCGCCGUCAACGGCAUGAUCACGGGCCUGGUGGCCAUCACCCCGGCCGCCGGCGUCGUCGCAGGCUGGGGCGCGAUCCUCCUGGGCCUGGGCUCCGGCACCAUCCCCUGGCUGACCAUGAACAUCCUCGGCAAGACGAGCUUCUUCGAGCGGCACUUUGACGACACGCUGGGCAUCACGCACACGCACAUGGUGGCGGGCUUCGUGGGCGGCUUCGGCACCGGCCUGUGGGCGACUGUGGACGGCUGCGCGGCGUUCGGCCUGACCAACCCGGGCGGCGCGGUCGCCGGCAACGGCAUCCAGCUGGGCUACCAGAUGGCGGGCGCCAUGUUCGUCAUCGGCUGGAACCUGGUGUGGACGAGCCUGAUCAUGCUGUUCAUCAAGCACGUCCUGCGCAUCCCGCUGCGCAUGUCCGAGGACGACCUCAUCAAGGGCGACGACGCCAUCCACGGCGAGGAGGCGUACGUCUUUGGGCCGUGCGAGGCGCACGAUCCAGAGUCGGGCUAUAUCCAGGGCCACGCCGUGACCGAUACCACGGGGCAGAGCGGCGAGCUGGGGCUGGGUGGCGUCCACAAUCACCACCACCAUCACCACCCGGAUACAACACCUGAGGAGACGACGGAAAAGGCUGAGACGAAAGAUGCUGGUGAGACUACUGUGAUUUGA